GGCAACAUUUAUAACCCGUCGUGUCUGCCUCUUUCUGAAGUGUUGGCCUUCAACAUGAUGACUGCAGGGUUCUUCCUAGGGGCUUCCCUCUUGGCUUCGCUGAUUGUGGACCUAUGCUGCCUCCCUGUUAAGAGAGGCUUUAAUCCCAGUGCUUCCUAUGGCAGCAGUUACACAAAUGCUGCUCCUAGUUUUGGUUCUAACCAGGGAGUACCCUCCAGCCAGCUUUCACCUGGAGUGGUUAUACCUAACAGCGCUCCCUCCAAACAUGUGUCCACACCAUCUCAUCAGCCUGUGCUGCAGCAGGAGCCCAGCUUCUCUCAGCCUGCCGUUCAGAGAGAGCUAGCAGCAUCUACUAGCCCUAGUUCUUCCCGACCUGCUGUGUCAGGAUACAGGGGCAGUACUAUGAAGCCAAAUCCUGUCAGCUCAACGCAACCAGGAGCUGCUUUUCAACCUGGCCUGCAAGACAUCAGCUGGGCUGUUCCACCUCCCGGUAUCUUCUCUGGAGGUGAGGAAAUGCCUGCUGGCACUCAUGGUGUCAGCUCCAGUAGAGUUGAGUAUGUGAGUCCACCUCUCCCACCACCUGGACCAGUGUAUCAGGCAGGGGAGUUGUCUCAUUUUGAGGGAACCUAUGAGAAUGGUGACUACCAGAUGGAGACAGAGGAACAAGGCUACCUCCCCCCGCUGCCACCACCUCCUCCUAUGCAUGGGUCUGCCAGACAAGGCUUAACCAGCGUACCUCAGCCAAAUUCUCACUUUGGUGUUUAUCCUUACUAUGACUACAUGUUCUUGACUGGCCAGUAUCCUCCAGGCACAGUCAGUCACUACAGCAGCAGCUACGAACAGGGGAGAGACCACUGGCAAGAUGCUCACUAUGUGAAAGACUAUGCUCUCCAUAGCAUUGGCCCGUCACAGCAGAUUGAGACCUUCACUGACUUUGCAGCCCCUCAGAGCUUUGCGGAUCCACAGGUUCCUGUGAACACAGGUUAUAGACAGGGUGGCGCAGCAGCUGGUCCACAUGGUUCUUCCCAUGGAAGCUUCAGACAGCCAACUUAUAGCCAAGCAGGAGGCUAUGGACCAGGCAAGGUUGCCUACUAAAUUGUGGAUCCCUCCAGCAUGAGCGAGUGUUUCUGAACAAAAUAAAGAUCUUAUAUGAUACUU